AUGGAGGGCGCACUCCGGGACGGCGGUGGAAACCCGGUCGAGGGGCAGCUGGCGCCUCCGGCAAAGGUCCACUUCCGAGUGACCAGGUUCAUCAUGGAGGCAGGUGUCAAGCUGGGCUUGCAGUCCAUCCCCAUCGCCACAGCUUGCACAAUUUACCACAAGUUUGUUGGUGAGUCCGCCCUGGAUGCCUAUGAUCCCUACCUCAUUGCCAUGUCUGCCAUUUACUUGGCUGGUAAAGUGGAGGAACAGCACCUGCGCACACGGGACAUCAUCAACGUGUCCAACAGGUACUUCAAUUCGGGCAGCGAGCCCCUGGAGCUGGACGCUCGCUUCUGGGAGCUCCGGGACAGCAUCGUCCAGUGUGAGCUGCUCAUCCUCCGGGUCCUGCGCUUCCAGGUCUCCUUCCAGCAUCCACACAAGUAUCUGCUCCACUACCUGAUCUCGAUCAAAAACUGGAUGAACCGUUACAGCUGGCAGCGAACUCCCAUCUCCGUGGCAGCCUGGGCUCUACUACGGGAUAGCUACCACGGAGCACUGUGCCUCCGCUUCCGGGCGCAGCACAUAGCCGUGGCCGUGCUCCACUUGGCCCUGCAGGUCUACGGCGUGGAGGUGCCGGCCGAUAGCGAGGCUGAGAAGCCGUGGUGGCAGGUGUUUAGUGAUGACCUGACCAAGCCAGCCAUUGACAGCAUUGUGUCCGAUCUCGUUCACAUUUAUACCAUGGACACACAGGUGUCCUAAGGAGCCCUCCAAAGUGAGGCGGAGGCUUGGCUGCAGACUGGACUUGCCAGGCAAGCUGGGGAUGGCUCUGCCACAGUGCCACGCAGGCCCACACUCAGAGGACUGGCUAGGAGCAGUGACUUUGUGUGGCUGGAGGUGGUGCUUGAACCACAGGCUGCACGGCCUCUCCCAGCCACUGCCAGAUGUGUGCGUGACCGUUGCUUGGUGAGGCUAGCGGCGAGUCUUCACUGGAGGGAGGAAAUCAAAGUUGCCACUCAACUGGAUCCCCUGGGAUUUUUGUCAACAAAGAGGGAAUUUUAUUUUGUGUAAUAAAAGGCAUCGUAGACCAA